UGGUCAAAUGGGACUUAGCUCCAUCAACUGGAUUAAUACAGUUUCAUAAACACUGAUUAAUCGUUUGUUGUAAGAGAAGGACUGAGACAAAGUGAUCGCACAGGGAUGUCUGACUGAUGAAUUUGUCUGGUAUUGAUCGUCUCAGUAGAGUCACCAACAUUACCUGAUACAGGUAGAAGUCCUUGUCAUAAGACGAUAUGGUCAGGUUUCUAUCUGGACUGAAGGUGAUUCUGGUUCCGUCAGGUUUCUAUCUGGACCGAAGGCGAUUCUGGUUCCGUCAGGUUACUAUCCGGACUGAAGGUGAUACUGGUUCCGUCAGGUUUCUAUCUGGAUUGAAGGUGAUUCUGGUUCCGUCAUGUUUCUAUCUGGACUGAAGGUGAUACUGGUUCCGUCAGGUUUCUAUCCGGACUGAAGGUGAUACUGGUUCCGUCAGGUUUCUAUCUGGACCGAAGGUGAUCCUGGUUCCGUCAGGUUUCUAUCUGGACUGAAGGUGAUUCUGGUUCCGUCAGGUUUCUAUCUGGACUGAAGGUGAUCCUGGUUCCGUCAGGUUUCUAUCUGGACUGAAGGUGAUUCUGGUUCCGUCAGGUUUCUAUCUGGACUGAGAGUGAUACCGAUUCCGUCAGGUUUCUAUCCGGACUGAAGGUGAUUCUGGUUCCGUCAGGUUUCUAUCCGGACUGAAGGUGAUCCUGGUUCCGUCAGGUUUCUAUCCGGACUGAAGGUGAUUCUGGUUCCGUCAGGUUUCUAUCUGGACUGAAGGUGAUCCUGGUUCCGUCAGGUUUCUAUCUGGACUGAAGGUGAUACUGGUUCCGUCAGGUUACUAUCUGGACCGAAGGUGUUUCUGGUUCCGUCAGGUUUCUAUCCGGACUGAAGGUGAUACUGGUUCCGUCAGGUUUCUAUCUGGACUGAAGGUGAUUCUGGUUCCGUCAGCAGGUUUCCAUCCGACUUCAGACGACUGGAUAGGGUCCCAAUAGCGGAUCUCCAUCCGGACUAAAGGGAUUCUGGGUCCGCCAUCAGGUCUCAAUUCGCAUUAAACAAGAAUCUGUUCCCAUCAGCUGACUUCUGUCUAGACUAUAGGGUAUGUCCCCAACAGAAGCUCGGUAGUUUAACGAGUGGUGAGUCCGGUGGGUGUCAUCACCUGAUCUUCGCCGAGACGACUUACACGUGUCAGUGACUUCGAAUUAUCUUCACUGACGUGGAAAGUAAAACAUGGGGCAAAAUGAGUCUACGAUGGGUAAUGUUCUCAACUACCGGCGGCCUGACCCACAGGAAGUUGUGGAUAGAAAGCAUCCCGCCAAAAUGAAAUUACAGAAACAGCGCCACCGUCUGGUUAGCGAACGUUUGCACGAGAGCGAACGAGAAACUGAUCUUAAAAAUGGCGUCGGGUCGAACGGAUUGAAGGAUCAAGUGGACGGAAAAGGUUUUUCCACGAGGAAAAAAGUCAACACCACGGCCGUAAACAAACGAAAGCAAUAUCACAAAAUGCCCUCAAUACUUAAUGACUUGGAAGUUACUGCCAUGAAGGUGGAUAUACGAGAUCAUGAAUAUCCGUUCGAGAACUUGGUAUUCGAGGGAGGUGGUAACAAGGGGCUCGCCUACUGUGGUGCCGUCAGGGUCCUAGAAGAAAUAGGAGCCUUCUCAAAGAUCAAACGUUUAUCUGGGGCUAGUGCUGGCGCCAUGACAGCUGCUCUCCUUGCCGUUGGAUACAAUUCGUAUGAAAUAGAGGAGUUCUUGAGUCAAGACCUGUCGCACUAUUUCCUAGAUGCAUCCUUUGGAUAUUUUAGUCUGUUACCAAACUUGGUGAGAGGCUAUGGAUGGAACCCGGGAAAUCGAAUUUACGAAUGGUUCGGUACCGUUAUAAAGAAGAAAACAAACGACCCAGACAUAACAUUCGGAGAGCUUUAUCGUGACAAAAGGUUUAAUAAGGAGCUAUGCGUUGUUGUAACGAACCUGAACCACAUGUCGGAGGAAUAUUGCCAUCCCAAAACUACCCCGGAUAUGCCAAUACGAUUAGCAGUGCGCAUGUCCAUGUCGAUACCGGGUAUGUUCCAGGCCACGCAGUACACGGUGAAUGGUGAAACUAAUUUAUACGUAGAUGGAGGAGUUCUUUGUAAUUAUCCGGUCCAUUGCUUUGACGGUUGGUGGCUGUCUAUGAAACCAGGUGACAGCUUUCUACAAAAGCUACAACCAUUAGAAGAUUUACCACAGAAGCUUGCCAAAUCAGAGAGGUUCGGACAACCUGACGACAAAACGUUAGGAUUUCUGCUGUAUGCGGAUUCUGAACAUGAGAUGUUCCGUUUUCUCAUGGAACAAAGAAUAGGGACUCAUUUGGCUGAACUACCCGACACCAAACUUGCCAGAAAAAAGAAAGAAGAAAAGAAACAACAGGAGACGGUUCACAGAGAGCAUCGAAGAGUGACGAUAGCAGUAAACGAAUUCCUAAGGGUGCUACAGAAGCAUGAUAUGGACGGAGGUGGAACAAUCAACAAAACCGAGCUGGAGGCUGCGUUUGCUGACGACGAAUUUUCUGAGCAGAGCGCCGAAAUAUUAUUUGGAAACGAUUACGAUGUCCACAAAGCCUUUGAACUGUUAGAUGAGGAUGACGAUGGAGAGAUUGAGUACCAUGAGCUAAUCCACUUCGUAGAAAACACAGGAGUGUUUCUCCAACAGAGGUAUAUAGGCUACCAGCGAAAAAAUAUUGAUGGCCUCAUGUCAUUCUUUGACACGCUUCAAAGCGCACUUCUUACCAAUGUGAAGAGGAUAUUUGUACAGGACAAGGAUCUAGAUAGAACUGUUGGCAUUAAUACUGGCCACGUGGGCACAUCAGAUUUCAAAUUGGAGAAAGGAGAUCGAGACUUUGUGGUUGAGCAAGGACGCAGGAGUAUCACGUCCUUCCUGAAGUACUAUGCCGCCCAUCAUAAGAAUCAGACACGGCGGUCAGAAUCGUCUCAAUCUAGAGUGCUGGAGACCAAAAUAUCCGAGGAGUCUAGCGAAGGAGUGGCUGACAUAGACAGUAUACGAUUAAAUGGUGUCAAUGAUAAUGCAGGUGUAUUCGAUGAUGAAGACGAAGUUGACAACGAGAAGACACCAAUUUUGGAUGCAAGUUAAUCGAUUGAAUUCACUGGAAUCGACAGGCAUACAUCAACUCCCAAUUGAUGACAUGAUCGGGGAUCACUUCCCUUGUCUAAUGACCUCUUCCUCAUGCGGGAAAGGCACUGGUGCUUCGUUGGAAUCAUGAAAUGAAAUAUAGACGGUUUGUCUAAAACUUGUAUGUAAAUCGUAUGUGAUAUUAGUCUAUAAUAUACAUGAAGCUUGAUGUACAUGUACAUGUUACAGUGUUUGGAAUUGAAGGGUAUAAGCUACCUUACAUACAUGGAACAAUCAUCGCAUAGCCUUCUCGCGGUAUUAAUUAAUUGUAUGAUUUUUAAAUAACAGUGUGUUACGUGCUCAAUCAAUAAGCCAUUAAAUCAAGUAAAAGCAGAUAUGGAAGUUUUCAUAUCUUAAGUAUGGCAUAUUUAUUAGAAAACAAUCAAUGUCCAUGUAAGGUAAGGUAGCAUACAUCCAUAAGCUGAUUUGAGAAUACCUAAUGCGGAAUACAUAUUAAAACACGAAUCAUAUACAGCACUGGCAAUGUAUGAUAUUUGCAGAAAAGGCUGACUCCCAGGAUGGAGUUGUAAAUCUAGAAUUGAACAAUUGGAUGUACACCUUUACUUGCCUAGUGCGUCUGCUAUUAGUCUUUAUUAUGAUUAUUGUAAGUAGAAAUGUCAGUAUUUUCUAUAGAAAUCGAUUUACUGAUGUAUAUUGAAAGGUGUUAUGUGACACAUUUGUAUAAGACUGUGUAGUACGUAGAGUAUUGUUUACCAUUAGACUACCUUUUGUAGACUAACAACUUUUAAUUUUUAACUAUAUAUACACCUGUGAGUCCCGGAGAUUGCGUGAUUUAGAUUUUGUUCGUCACAUAAUGAUAUUUCAUUUUAACUGUAUCUUGCAUGUAGCGAGCAUUUUCAUCAGCUUAAACAUACAUUAUCAUCCCAUGACGUAAAAAAUAACUUCGUAGUUUAUAACACCGCUGAUAUAGCGGCGUUCUGAUUUCUAAGAGAAUGGAGUUUAUCAAUAAAAAAAGGUAUUCCGCAUGAUUGUGUAUUUUAAAUCAAAUUAUAAGGAUUUAGUUAAUAAUAGUUCUUUGUUUUGGUUUAUUCAGCGUACAAUCCGAUUUUGUGUUAUAUCUCCACAACAUAAAAAAAUAUAUUCAAGUUGGUCCUUAGACAAAUCGUAUGCGUUAAAAUCAUAAAGGAGAUAUUAUCUUAAAGCACAAAAACAUUUUGUGUGAUUCAAUAUCUUUCGCAAUAUUAGUAUAUGUAAGUGUAAGGAAAUCGUUCUGAAUUUAUGUGUAGCCUAUAUCUAAAUUUUGUAGAAAAAAAAGGACUGAGAACAUACAAUUUCUUCAUGAUUCUGUAGUAGUUUGUAAGGUUACACUUUUCGCUAUUUCCGUGGAUAUAAUGCAAUCUUAAUAGCAUACGUAUGGCAUAUUCAGCCGCAAAUCAAAUCAUUUAAGUAUAAUACCCACCUAAUCAAAAUUUCACUAUGUGUCAUAUUAAUCAUACGGUUAAUUUAAGUGAUAUAAUAUUAUUCACUAAUGGAACAUACGAAAUAUGUUUCAUUUAAAAUAUCUAUCUUAAAUUUUGUAUUUUCUACAUUUUCAGUACAUAUAUUGUAAAUUUUCAUAAACUAAUAAUUAUCUGCAUAAUUUCUCAUUUCUCAUUCCAUCUUCUUUUUUUGUUUUUGUUUUGUUUUUUAUUUGGAAUAUAUUGAUCGGAAUAAAAUGUUUCCAGUUUUCUGUAGUGUAUACAUUAUUGAUAGCACAUUUACGUCUAUAUGUUGUGAGUUAGUGUAAAUUGCUAUAUAUAUUAAAUAUUUACAGAUAUCUAUAUUUGUAUACUUCGAGAUUAUUUCAUAUACAUUUGAUGUGGUGAUGAGAAAUAUGUUUAUGUGUGUUUUACAUAUUAAAGUACUUUUUAUCUAAUUUAUUAUAAAUAUACUUGAUAAUAUUUGGUAUCAUAUGGCAAAUUUGCCGUCCUUAAUGUUGAUAUCUUGCCAAAUUCGGUAAUAAGACUUUUAAGCAAAAUAUUUUGCGACACUUUAUAAAUGUACCGAACACGACCACCAUGUCUGAAACAUUGGAUGUAAAAAUAAAAUAAAAUUGUAACAAAUUAAAUAUUCUUAAAAAGAGACAUGGCAAUGAUACCAUACAUUGACCUCUACCCCUUUCUCCCAAACUUAUUGAUGGGGCGUCCUUGACGAUGGCAAUAGGUAGAUCCAUUUAUAAUGACGAGAUAAUUUCACAUUUUACGAUGUAUAUAGUCCUGAGAGUCUGGCAGGAUAUCAGCCUUCUGCUUCAUCGGCGACACCAUCCAUGUACCUUUGCUAUAAAUUCACACAUUUUAGCGAGCUUAAAGCACAACAGACGAAUGAAUCGAUGAAUUGUAGCAUAUACAAUGUCUGCACAUAGCGGAAUCGUAUUUAAUCUAAAGGCUUCAGACACUAUAAUCGUUUGAAUAAUAUCAUACGUUAAACCUAAAAAUAACGUAGUCUUAUGAAUGAAAUGUAGCCCAGUGAAAUGAAUCAUAUUGUACAAUGACCAUUUCACUAAUUCGACGAAAAUUAAGUCUGGAUCUUUCACAUUCCGUUUUAAAAGCUUUGUCAGAUAUUGUUUUCAUUUAUGUCAUAUUUGUUACAAACAUGUCUUAAUUGUUUUUAUAUCAGUAACUUUUAUGAACAUUCCAGGUAGAUUCAGUCCAUUCCUGAACAUCAUUGAUAUUUUUUUGACGUCAGGUGUGUGUUAUUUACACGCACAUAAGUUUCUAAACCUUGAAUCGCUUGUGUAUAACAAUUGAAAACAGCAGUAUCACACAGAGACUCGGAGCGAUUAUGAGACAUCGUCAGCUUUUCUCACCUUGGUAUUGAAUGACAUCUGCGAAACAUAUGUUGGCGUGGUUUCAAUAGACAAAUUCUGGCAUUCAGUUGAAUCCAUAUGAUUAAAUUGGUUUGAUAAUUUACAUACGGUAUAUACUGUUAUUACAAAGCAUAUUUACACUGUGUCAAUAAAUCAAUCAAUAAUAAAUAAUGAAAGGAGAAUUUAAGAUAUGUUCUUUGAAAAAAGCCAAUGCCAUCGAGAAGGGAAAAAACAAAACAAAACUUGAAGUUAAACUGAUAUUCUGUGCUCCAAGUUGUAUGGAAACCUGACACAUAUAUUUGCUUGCUAAAGCUGAAAUAAUUUGAUAUUGUUAUUUCCACACGUCGGUCUUGCAAUCCUUCCGAGUCUUUGUACGUUGUCUAACUUUGUAUCCGCAUGACUAGUGUAGAAAAUUCAUGUUUGUAAUUUCACACGGAUUUCUAAUGAAAAUUAUUUGUUUCAUCAAUGUGCAUGUGUGUUUUGGAUUUCAAAUAAAAGGAAAAUUAAA